AUGAACGUCGAUGUUAUGGCGCCGUUCAAUCGGCUCAAUUUCAGUGGACAUGCCAAAGUAACGGCUCUUCACUUCCAGGACGACAAGCUCUUCAUAGGCUUCUCUAAUGGUGAUGUCACUAUCAUGAGAGUAAGCGACAACCCAGAAUCCAUGAAGACACCUGCCCGUUCCAUGCGAAGCUUUCGCUCGUUCACUGAUAUAAAGGGUCUUUUUCACGACAAUGAGCUGUCGCUGUUGUAUAACAUGGAGAAAACCUUCAAAAAUGUCAGUGGUGCUCUGACUCCCAUUACUGACUUGAGUCUAAUACCGCUAUAUAAAGAUGGCUCGAGGGAUGUGUUGAUGAUUGGCUAUUCUGACACGCUCCAUGCAUAUGAAUGGGUUGGUGCUCAUCUAAACUUGAUAAACACCUUUCUGGACUCGAAGUUUUAUAACCAGUUCAAGUAUGUUGAGGCAAAGAGUAACCGCCUUGUCCUACUUGGUGCAAAGAAACACCUACAUAUUUAUCAAAUCAAGCAAAAAUCAAGAAAUAUUUUCGAUUUCAUUCUCAUAAAGGAUCUCGCUCUUAGAGAUAAAUUGCGAGCCAUUGGGGCACAUCAUGGCCAUGACGUUGUCUUUCUCGGCCUCACCAAUUCCUUUGCCACAUUAGAUCUCGAUGAGCCAUUUGCAUUAAACGCUCUAUCUACAGAGAAUUCACAAAUACAAAGUUUAUCCCAAAGUACGUCUUUUAGCUAUUUUGGCAUUUCCAAAACUGGCCCACAGAUAUGGAUUGCGGACAUGAAGCACUCCACAUCCUUAUUUGUACGAGAUUCACAGGUGGGUAAAGUAACAUUUGAAGGUAAAUCGUGCAUAUUUGGUAAUACAGCGAUAAAACUUUCGACGGUUCCUGUCAAUAUUGCAUUUCUUCUUCCAUGUUUCUUGCUUGUAUUGUACUAUCUGAAGCUUGAAAUCAUCGACAUCGCAAGUGGGACAGUCAUACAGACAUUCCAUCAUCACAUGAAUAAUUCAAGCAUUAGUCUUGCAGUUUAUGAGGACGUUGUAAUCAUUGGCGCUGGCGUCAAUGUAUUUCAGUUCAGGGUCCAUCCCAUCAAAAGACAACUCACGCAAUUUCUAUCGAUCAGAGGUUCGAGCUCAGGGGCUAGGGGAUAUAAGGAUUUGCGCAAUGAUCUUCGUCUUGUGGGUCUUCAAAGAGCGUUGACAUUAGUCGAGAGCCUAGAUAGCGAUGACAGUCUAUUCUUUCCUUUGGGCCUGUUCGAGCCAAGCCAAAAGUUCAAAUUAUUAUUCCUUCGCGGGUUGUAUUUGGAAAAAGCUCAAGUCAUAUUUCUGCUGUAUGCUAUGUAUCAUGAGGCGCUAGUUGUGAUCGGCUCUGAGUGGAUUCUUCCCUACAAAGAGAUUCUCAAACUUUUUCCAGACUUCAUCAAUGGUGAGAUGCAAAUUGAUCAAAAUCGUAAAGAUGCCACGAAAUCAACGGAGGACGGGAAAGCAUCUAGCGUUUUUUCAAAUCCUAUAAGAAGAAUCAGCGUCGAAGAUAUCGAGCCGUCGAAGCAAGAUUCCACAAAUGGUGCGGAUAUGGAAGCACUGGUGAACCUAGAAGCACUGUCUCGAAAAAGUAAUUCCAUCAUCACAGAUGAUAUUCUGAAAUUCAAUAAAGCCGUUGGCGAAUUGAUUGUGUUCUUGACUGACCAAAGAAGAAUAUACUCGAUUUUUUUGGGCUCGAGCGAUAUGAUGCCCACUAUCUCGUGGAAAGGUGUCGAGGUAACGCCCUUAGAUCUCGAUCAAAACCUCAAGGAAGAAACAAUGUGGGAUGCCAUCGAGGAUUAUGCGGUCUUCAUUGACACGACAUUAUUUCUUUGCUACUUUUACACAAAGCCCAUGUUGCUAGGUCCACUUCUUCGUUUGCCUAAUAACAAGUGUGAUUCGAAAGUUGUCAACCAGUAUCUUCUCAGAGAUAUUCACAGCCAUACCAAGCAGUCGCAAACCUUUAUUAGAGAGCUUCUCGACUUCUAUUAUGGCAGGGGAUUGCACGAAGAGGCACUCGAAAUGUUGUAUGACCUUGCGCACGAUGAAGUCUCCCAUCAAGCUGACGAUUAUGUACGCUCUCCUGACCUCACCAUCAGCUACUUGCAAAAGCUCGACAAUGAUCAUCUUGACUUGGUUUGUCAGCAUGCCACUUGGGUUUUAAAAUCAGACCAAUCAAAGUUAAUCGAGCGUGCUUCCGCAACAUUCAUGAACGAAACUUACGAAUGUGAGAGCUACGACACUACAAAGGUGUUCGAAUAUUUCAAAACUUCCAUAAAGGAUGAUGAUUUAGCAAUUCGCUACCUCGAGUGGCUUUUAAAAGAGAGUGAUGUUCUUCAGUCUCCUGAACGGUCAAGACAGAGGUCAACCUUUUCAACCAAGUUGUGUUUGUUCUACUUGAAGAAGUUAAAGGCAUUCGAGGGCCCUGAUGAACACUUCUUUGAGGAUGAAAACUACAAAAAACUUUAUGCAUUUGUAAGGGACUCGACAGACUAUGAACCGUGGACAGUCUUGAAAAACAUACCCACCAGUCUGGAUAAUUUUUUGAGGUUUACUGUCUUUAUUUACAAGCGUCUUGGCGAACAUCAGAAAUCUGUGGAUGUGUUGUUCAACCAGCUAUCAGACUUAGAUAGCGCCAUUGCUUAUUGUUCAGACUUGUACGAUACACCAUCUGAUCGUCAAACUGGUCAAGACUUGUUACAUAAAUUACUUGAAGACUUGCUUUUGCACUACGAGGAGAAUAUCGAUUCGAUUGCCAAACUUUUGUCAACUCAAGGGUCAAAAAUGUCGAUCUCAAAAACACUCCUAACGCUUCCAGGAUCAUAUCCAUUGCCUAAACUUGAGCAAUUCAUCUCCGAUAACUUGUUGUUUGCCGAUGAUGAACUCAUAACUAGAAUGUUCACAGGCCAGCUUUACAAAGUUGGAUCGGUGAAGGUUCAAUAUGACCUUCUGAAGGAAAAGGCAAAGUCCUAUAAAGUUGUCAACGGGAAAGAAGAGUGUGAGAUCUGUCACGAGCCAAUUGGCAAAAGUGUAAUCUGCAUUGAUCCCAACGAUAAAUUCUCCCACUACAAGUGUUAUCAAAAGAUUCGCGAUUAA